AUGGCGGGUUGUGGACACCAGCACCAUGACCACGAACAUGACGUUUCUGAAGAAGAAAGAGGGGCUCAGUUUCACCUUUUUCUAAAGAUCGAUCUCUUAAAGCUUCAAUGCUUGAACGAAGCUGAGGAAGAAUCGGCCAAAAACGUUUUCAAACCUUGGGAUGAACGCUUGGAUACUAACAAAUUUGUCGAAAGUGAUGUCGACGAAGAACUUUUGUUUAACAUUCCUUUCGUCGGACAGGUCAAAUUAAAAGGUGUUGUCGUGAUUGGCGGAGAAAAUGGUGAGCAUCCCUCUGAAAUGAAACUGUACAAGAAUCGCCCUUCCAUGACUUUUGAUGAUACAAAUGCGGAGCCUGAUCAGACGUUUGAAAUGAGUGAGGACCACGAUGGAAGUUUAGAAUACACGCCUAAAGUCGCACGUUUUUCUAAUGUGGAGCAUCUUUCAAUUUACUUUCCGCGUAACUUUGGAGCUGAAACUAGCAAAGUGUAUUUCAUAGGAUUGAAGGGGGACUUUCAAGAGGCCCAUCGCCAUGGCGUGACAAUUUGUACCUACGAAGCAAAACCGAACAUAUCUGAUCACAAAACAGGCGCCUUUAACAGCGUCAAUCAUACGAUUAGUUAGUGAGAAAGAAAGGGUUUCAAUUAUUGAGUGAAAAAUUGAAUGCGCUGUUGAGAGCUUGUUGCAGUGGAAAGUAACAUUUUUGUAAAGUUCAACUUAGAGAAAGAGUGUUUCAAAUAGUUUCAUGUUUCAUCAAUUUGUCAGUUACAGCUGUUGAACCAUUAUUAAUUUUGGUUUAAUUAGGAGCAAUAAACGAGGUGUUCCAUUUGAGUAUGGAAGCUUAUUUUUAGGGGGCACAGGGAGAUUCGUUUUCUUUUUGAGGAUGGAGGGGGGAGAAUGGGGAAAAGAAGGUGAUACUCUCUCUUCCCAGCCCUCCCAUCUCUCGCACACCUUUGACUCAUAUCUCUCUUUCCACGUUAUAAAACACUGCAAAUCAAUGAUUGACAAAUGUUUGUAUUGCAGUGUGUCUUCCCACCCUAACAUUAGUCCUCCCCUUUCAUGGUUCAUGUACCCUUUCCACUCCCUAUUCUCUAGGACUCCUUCCCUUAACAUGAUGCUCUUGCUUUCUCAUUUUCUUCGUUUCUAAUCGCUUUUACGUGUUGCAGACCUAACAUAUGGGAGUCGGGGUUAUCUGUUGCAUCCGGGAAACCUCUUACACUUUUCGCGCGAAUUUCGAGUCGACUGCACACAAACAAUAUGGCGGCCCACUGCAGCCAAGAUGAACAAAAACAGGUGAGUUUUGUUUGGGUUACUUGCUCUUUGUUUUCAUAAAUAACAGGACGAAUGAAAAGGAAAGGGAUUUUUUUUAUUUCAAUUCAAUCAAAUGUACGUGAUAACGAGAGUUUUGUACGUGUUUUCGUCUAUUAUGUGAGGAGAAGGAGAGCUCGAAUUUAAAUUCUCCAUGAUGAGCUGUGAGAUUUGAAAUAAAGGUGCGAUCUCCGACCACAUAUUUGCUAACCACCCAUAUAUAUUAAAUCGAGUCACUUGCAUCUUUUUCAUGUGUAUAGAUUAUGAGGCAGCGGCUGUUAGAACUUGAAAGAAAACAUGCGAAGGCCUUGAGAAAACUUAAGGUAAGUUACAGGAAUUUUUUCCUUAUGAUUCUGCACCGGUGUUGAAUUUAUACAAAGCAAUUCACCUUAAAAGGAGACGCAGGUAAUUUAGUGUUAAAAACUGGGUUGAAAACGUAAAUUAGCCACCGUAAAGGGUAAAAAAGCUGACGUUUCGAGCGUUAGCCCUUCGUCAGAGCGAUUAGAGGAAUUGUGGGUUGUGUGUGAGAAGGAGAAAAGGAGACGGUCUUUUCACUCUGACCAGUAUUUAUUACUUCUUUUAUAGAGAGCUGAGAUUACAAAGCAAAGGCGGCAAACCUUUGGUGGUUUCACAGUCCAAGAGGAGACCACAUACGGUGAUGCUCAAAACAGAUCCAGUAUUUCACUUUCUCGUGAAUCAUUUUCUCCCGGAGACGCAAAUUCAAGUUCCCUUUCAGCUUACAAGAAAGGAGUCUGUAAAACUGUGACAUUUAAAGAUGUUGUAGAGACUCAUCAGCAACCACUUUGUGAGAGGAAAUCAGAAAAUAAAAAUGGGAUAGAUGUGGCUUCCAGUGGAACGUCUAAACAAAGAUCUGCCCUUGUUGAAUCGUGCAAACAAGAUGAUAAUGUCGGUAAAAUAGCACAGAUUUGUGUUGGGAGCAACGAAAUUAAUGGUUUUGAAACAGACAAUGUGUGGGUCACAUCACGCAGUGAUGAUAUUACAUUAUGUGACAAUGCAGUGCUUCCUGAAAACAGUACAGUCAUAUCAGAGCACAAGGAUUUUUCCAAGAGUGAGGUUGACCAAGGCCAAACUUUAAGAAAUGCUGCUUGUUCUUGUGGAAAUGAGGAUGUACAAAUUCCUUCAUGGAACAAUGAAAACAGUGAAUCAGCAAAUGAAAUUUAUUUUGAUAAUUGUGGAAAAGAAAUGACUGCAACCUCUGAAGUAGUCAAACCUCUAAGUAUAGGAACUGUAUCAGUUUUUAAUCCAGAUGCCCUUAACAAUGAAGGCAUACAGGAAUGUUUGGCAAAAGGUGAAGCUUCUGAAAAAGCAGCUGAGGCACCUGAAAAGAAAAAUAGUAUUAGCUGCCUCUCUGUUCAUGAAAAUGGAAGUUCAUCUUUAGAAAGCAGGCAUUGGAUGCAUCUAUUUGAAGAAGAGUUUCCAAGGAGAUCUCCAAGACUACAGUCCACACCCAGCUUUGGAAAGCAAUCACUUGUUUCCAAGGAUUGUUAUUCUACACAAUCAAAGAAAACAAAAUCAUACAGAUCAAAACAAUCUAGACCAAAAAAAGGAAUCAAUUCACAAAGCAAAAGUAAAACCAUGAAAUGUAGUGCAGAACAAUCAUCAGUAACUUUGAAAGAAAAUUCACAUGAACAAAGUUUGUCUAAGGGUUUUGUGUUCCCAAGACCCUCCUCAGAUGAGGCAAAACCUGGUGGUCCUCUGGGUAUCAUUGUAGACUUUUCUUUGCCUGAUAAAGAGUUUGCAAAGUUGAAACUUGCAAAAAUCAAAGCUGCUUUGCCAGCUGAGAGGAUCAGUGGAGAACUAAAUAACAAAAGUACAGUAAAGGUGAAAGAACAUGACACCAUGCCAAAGAGAGAGAAGGCUUUACAGGAGUUGAGUGGUGGUGAAAUCAAAGAAGGUUGUUAUCACAAUUUUAUUAAUUCAUCAAUAGUAUCCUCAAUGCAAUUUGAUAAUACAAGUAAAGCUGAUGAAUUGGAAAGUGUCUGUAUCACAGACACCUCAGACAGAAAGAGUAUCAAUCAAGCGCCACAAUUCAUUUCCACAUCUGGAAACUUAGAGAGUCAAAAAAAUUCAGAGCAUUGUGUAAAUCAGUACUUAUCAAGUCCAAAACACCAAUAUGAUCUUCAGUUGAAACAUGAACAAAUGAAUAAUAGUGAAGUAGACUUCUCUCCAUGGGAAACAUUGCAAGAAAAUCCUAUAAUAGGUGUAAAGCCUUGUUUGCUUUAUCAGGUAGAUGAAAAGUCAGUCAGUGAAGUAAACAUUGGGGAAGAAACAAGCAGUAUUACACACUCAACUUGUGAUAUUCCUCUUAAGGAUGGUGUUGAUGAUAAAAUUGAUGUUGUAAGUGACAGCGGUGAUGAUAACAACAAAGAGAUUAUGGAUACCUUAGACCUUGAUGAUGGAGCAUUGGAUAAAAAUUUUCCACAUCAGUGUGGUCAUGAGGGACCAAAAUUAUGUAAAGAAAUUUCCAGUGAUAGGCAGCCUAAAUUUGCUUCCAAGUCUCCUGAAAAAGAUGGUGUGAAGGAAACUAAAGCUAGAAAAGUUUCAUGUGAAGCUGAUUCAGUCAUUUACAGAAGUCAACCAAGUUUACUUCAUUUAGAAGAACAAAUAUUAAGUCCAUCAUGUCCUGAACCUAGUGUUGGUGAACAAGCUACUCCUCAUGGAAAAAUGACUGAGCCUUUAGAGAGCUCACAGUCAUCCUGUUUAAGAUCACCAGAGGAUCAAUCAGAACUGACUCCCAUGCUGAUGAUAGCCUGCUUACAGGUACAUAUUGCUUCUAAUUCCUUAACUCCUGUAGCCUGGUCAGUAAUUCUCUUUAAUAGCUUCUAUACUCUUCCUAGUUAGUUAGUAAGGAGAACUUGACAACAUCUUCUACUUGAUAAAUUUGUCCAUUCUCAUCACCUUUUGUAGAGUUACUGAUGACUUAUGGUGACUUUGAAACUUAGCAGGUUGAGAGACUAUUCUAAUGUAAUGGUUGAUCUUUGCUCUCCUUAUGAAGCAAAGGAAAAGUCUGCAGCCAAGUCUUGUGACCCAUCCAGCAGGAGUUGUUUUUGAGUUUCUGUAGCGUAAGCGACUAGGAGUAUGACCACUCCCCCCUAGAUAGGAUGCCAAUCCAUAGCAAGGUUAUCCCCUAGCAUUUUAUUAGGCUUCCCUGCCUUUUUGCUGGUGCCAAUUUAUACUCCUUGGUGGAGAGAUAGGCACCAUGAAAGUAAAGUGUUUUGCCUAGGAACAGAGUGCAAUGACCCGGCAGGUCUUGCACCUGAACCUCUUCACCCUGAGUCCAGAGAACUGACUGUAAGGCCACUGCAUCUACCACAUCCUUAUAAAAUAGCAAGGAUAACCUUAUUUUGUUAUUAUUAGAAGUGAAGUAAACUUUAAAAACAGUGUGGUUACUAUCAUAUUUAAAUUAUUAUUAGCACUAAGUUAUGUCAUAUCUGUUUUUGCAUAGCAUCAUAUGGAGGGUGAAUGCAAUGUUGUCAGGUCUGUUUCUCUGUCAUCAUAUGAGCCAGCAAGUGAGAAAGAUGUAACAGUACCAAAGAUGAAGAGAGAUGUUCUGGCAGUUUGUCUGGCUCAUUUAAUCGUCAUCUGGACAGUUGUGCCUGGAUUGCAAUGGACUGUACUUUACAAAUGGAGUCUUCCUUUUGUAAGAGAUCAUCAUUAAAUUUUGUCAUAAUAUUUUGUUUAGCCCAUCAGGUGUGAUGGCAGAGAGAGUCAGGAAGUUCAAUAUUUUUUGUGCACAAAUGCACUUUCAGCUCAUUAAAAGUACAAAAUGUGUGUGAUAGACAUAUUUACUAUGUGGUUUUAUGGUGUGAAUCUGCUAUAUCAGUGUCAAUUUCCACAUAGUGUUAAAUUGUGUGCGAGCCUUGCCCCACUUUUGUUUCAAAAAUAGUGGUUUUUCAUGUGAUGCUACAAAUCUAAUAGCAGAAAAAGAAAUGUUAACUUUUGAAUAAAGUUAAAAUAAUACACUUGUUGGACUUGUGAUUGACACUUGAAAUAAUCUUGCAGGAUGGAGUGGAGGAGUUUGUUAGUGUUCAAGUUGUGCCAAGGAAUUCUCAUGUUGUCCUUUUGGUUGGAGGGAAUUUCUGUGGAGGCAAUGGGAGGUAGGGAAAGGAGCCAUUGGAAAGAAGCUUUUAAUGAGCUAAUGAUGACAAUUUAAAACUGGGCUGUGUGAAAGAGCAUGUGCUUCAGCUUAUGUCAGGAAUAUGGGGGCUCCAUAUUCCUGCAUAAAUCAUUUGGGAUACCUUUGGCAAAAGGUCAUUAUCCUUCAAGAAUGGGCCCUGUUAUAGCUACAACAGGGGAUGAGACUCUUAAACUUUAGCUGUACCUACAUGUGCCUAUUUAUGGGUCAAAUUAUGACAUCACAAUGUAGUCCACCAUAGAUCCUGAUGCAGUGCACAUGGAAAUUAGGAUGUUUUAUUGUUUAUAGAGAAAAGAAGCACUUGUCAGAGAAUAUUUUACUGUUUACUACUGUACUCUUUUUGGCACAGACAUAUCGACACAUGGAACAGUUUACCGUCAUCAGUAGUUGAACUUGACUCAGUUAAUGCUUUUAAGAAAGCUCUUAAAUCAAUAUUUUUUUAACUAGGCCUAUAACUAAAAAUUAAAUUAUUCUAUUAUUAAACAUUAUUUAAUUAUGAUUUUAAAUAAAAUUUUUAUCUUAGAUAUGUCUUCUUUAUUUAGAUUUUAUAUUUAUAUAGAUAUAUGCCUGUAUGUAAAAUGUUUCAGUAUGUAUAUGUAUAUUGCAUAGUAUUAAAUUUUUAUAUCUGGGGUAUAGUUUACAAUGAGGAUUAAGUUCCUCCCUUCCAUAACCUUUUUUUAAUAAUAAUAAUAUGUUGUAUGUUAUUAUUUAAAUAAAGUUGUUAUAUAUAUUCUGACUUUGGUCCGUUGCAGAAUUCUCGGUUACUCAGAUGAUGGAGACUAUUCUUUGGAUUUGAAACAUGAUGACACUUUGUAAGUAAUUUUAAUUUGUAUGGGCUUGUAGGAGAUAUGUGUAUGAAAGUAGAGGACAACACUGCAAGCAAAGAAAGCAGGCAGAUUUUCAAAAAGGGGAGUGUUUUGACCUCUCUCCAAAAACUGAUGGGAAUGUUGAUCCUCAGAAAUUUAGAACGUAGGCUCCCAAAGGUGUUACUCUGCAUUUCAUGGAUCUAAGUUUAUUUUCAUCUGUUAAAAAUUACAAUUGCAAGUAACAAGUAAUAAUUCUGUGAGGUGAGGCUUAAAUUUCCUUUUUAACAGCUCUCAAUACCGAAAUGCGUUUGAAAUUUCACCCCAACUGCUAACAGUAAUUACUACUGAAUUAAAUUUUGAGAGGAAGAUAUGCUUAUUUUUAAAGUAAGAAUUUAAAGCAGUAGCACUUUCUUACUUUAGGAGUAACAAGCACAAAUUUUCAACCAUGUGCUUACUGUCUGAUUCAUGGGAAAAGGAGAAUACCAAGGACAUUGAGUUUGUUAUCGCGAACAGGGAAUCUUCUGAAGUAGCCUUGACAAAGUGGACGCUGGAUAGUUUCUGCUUGUGAGUAUUUGAACUAUAAGAAUUUUCACGACUGUGAUAAAUCUAUUGAAAGACUGAAAGAACUUAAAAUGAUAAAAAUGUAGAGCUCGAGUGUACAGUAGCGUAACAAACUGUUGUGGUCUGCUUGUGGUCUCCCCCUCCCAUAAGCCCUAAGUAGCCUUCAUUUGACUUGCUGGUUACACAAAAUUUAUAACACUCUUUUUUUUUCUUUCGGAACGCGCAGAAACUUGUUUCUAAUUUUGAAAAUUGGAAGAAAGUUUCUGCGCGAUUCAAACAGUCCGUGACUCGGACGACGAGAUUAGUCUGUUUAAAGGAACUUUUAGUAACAGAGUGCGCCCACAAGAGCACGCGCACCAUGCGUUUAUAUGUCUAUGACUGCACGACGGGGAGAUGUUGAUUUGGUAGACUUGGCCACUUUGCAUCCCUUUGAUGGACUCAUCCUCCCCGUUUAAAACCCGUGGAACAUUUAAGCUUAGUGAUGGGGUGUUUGAGAUGUAUUUACAACAUAAACUAGAACUUUCCGUCGUGAGUAAGAGCCGUCUACAUUACCGCGUCACAGUGACUAAGAUUGACGCCAGUUUGAGCGUGGCAGGUUCCUCUGUAUCGAACAGUUAAACUAUUGUUAGGAUGGCCAGCUAGUAGUGAAUAGCUCGGUUUUUCGGUAGGAAGAUGCGGUUUGAUCGUCUUUGUGAAGAUACACUGUUUUCUUCAAUCAUGGCUAGGUGUCAAGUUUUAAAAUAGUUAACAAUAAAUUAUUUGGUAGAGCUCUGAAUUCAAGACAAAAAGUUCAAAAUUAUCGCGAUCAUUUUGCUCGAAAUUCUUUGGCUUCAAGAGAUUUUUUGACAUUUUUCUUCCUUGUUCUACUUAGGGUAAUUAAACAAAGGCAGUAUUUUACUCCAAUAAUCACUGAAAGUGAACUUUCAUCAAUCCAAGCCGUUGAAGGUAGUCACUGCCUUCUCUUGGGCACAACGCAGGAUCAACUCUUACUGUGGUGAGUUGUUGAUAUUGUUAUCAUUAUGAUUAUAACUACCGCCAAUAAAAUCAUUGUCCUAAUCACUGGUCGUUAAUGAUUUUCGUAUAAAGCUUUGUCAGGCGCAGUGAGAGGAAUGAGAUAUCUCUACAUCACAUCUCAUUUCUCAACUGGAUCGUGGAGAAAAACGAUUUCUCCAUGGCUGAAUUUUUCAAGAACUUUACCCCUUUUUCCCUAUAUACUUUCUACUUCAACAAUGGUACGAUUAUCUUUAUCUUCUUUCUUUAGGAAGGCCAAUUGUACGGCACAAACGCUAGGAAAAGUUGUAGUUAUUUUAAUGACAUUAGGACAAUUUUAAAAUCAACUUACAUUUUAAUGCGCCUUUGCCUGUCUUUGUCUUCGUAAUCGGUAUUGCUUGAAACAUUGAAUUUGUAUACCAUGUUCAGUUAUAGAGCGACUUAACAAAAUAGAAUGAAUUACAAGGUUACUUUAAAAAUAUUUUCCGGAAAUUACACAGUAGUCUUAGUUUUUGCCGUUAGUAAAUUCGUCGUACACUUUCACGUGAAACUGUCCUCAUCAUUCGUGUUACAUCUCAUGUGGUUUUUUCGUGGUGAACCUGUGGCUCCAGCUAGUUAGUAUUUCGUUGUACAUCUUUGGCAGCCCGAGGUUCCAUCGCGAUUCAAGGAACCAAUUCUACUCAGUACAUCCCGGCAAAAGUUUGCUCUCUUACUCGGGACGUCAUACCGGUCCAUUCCAAUUCUGAUGGCAACCUGAUCCCUGGCGUCGUCGAUGCCACCCUUUUGAACGGUGUUGGCGGCAAACAGCAGCACCCAGCGUCGAAUGCUGGCAGCGCGGCCGACGUAGCCAUAGUGGAUGUUUCCAGGUACAUCGUAAUUUACGCAUCGUCCACACAGGGUCACAGUUUUUGGGCAACGAUAGGGACAUGAUCGUCGUCUGAACGUCUGGGUGCAUUUGUAAUCCCACGGCUUGCAGUUAGCGACAAGGUUGGCAAACUGAACGAGACACCUGGGCCAGAGAAAAGUGUUGUACCAGCUUCGGCAACUUCUGAUGGCUCUGUUGUUUCUGUUACGGUUCAUUUGCCUUAUAAGCCAAGAUGUCACGUCCGGUCCACAUCUGUCGCGAAAAAAAAUUGAUUUUCUUCAACAUCUCUAGCUUUUGGCCUACAGUUUAUUUUAGUUAGUAAAUGAGGGGAAGGUCCCUCACCUUAACAUUAGAAAUGCCUUAACUUUUCUGCGCGUAGCUGUUCGUCCUACCUUCGACUUAUUCGACGCCUUGGAUCUUCACUGACAACAUCCGGAUCCGUGUUAGGAUCUUCCAACUCAGCGUAACUUCCAUCCUUCUCAGGGAGGUCCAGCUCUUGAAUGCCUGGAUCUUCCAACUCAACAUAACUUCCAUCCUCUCUGGGGAGGUCAAGCUCUUGAAUGUCUGUAAAUGUUAGAAUUGUUAGCAGAACACGGCUUUCCCUUUUUGUUGGUAGCUUUUGAGCCCUGGAGUGAUCAGAGCGACUAGGGCUUAAGAUCGUACUGCCUUAUUUCAAAUUUGCUUCAAAUGCUGUUUGCUGUGGUUUCUAUCCAGUACCACUGCGUUUUUGAAAAUACUACAUUUCCCGAUCUGAAAAAGAAAAAUCCUAGCUAAAAUGUUUCCCUUUCAGGCCACCCACCCAACUAUAGGUUCACAAUUCUGAUUCAAAACCAACUUCCAGAAGAAAAAGAAAGGCAAUCUGCUCUGGGACAUUUUUUUAUCCGACCAAAUAUCUCGCUUGUCUCUUUUCCAGUUUACUGGGCAAGAAUCGGUGCAUUUUCAGAAGGGUUAUAGUUAAACAUUCUUCAAACUAUUGUCCGGAACUAUUGUGAUCUUCUACGUCCUUCAUUACUAGUUGUUCUUUUCUCUAAAUUUGUUUUUUUGUAUUAUUCAUGUAAAGAAAUAUUUUCCAUCAAAAGGGGAUCUCCAUUGCAUGGUUUGUACCAUCACCGACUUUAUAGAGUGCGUCCGAAAUAGGAAUUACCUUCUUCCGUAAAACCGAGGCCAUUUGUCACCAGAAUGACAAACAUCAGAGGCAGCAUAGAUACCAAACGACUUUUCGACAUCAUUUUUGUGUUACUCUGUUUGUUAAGAAGAGCAAACACUUUAAGGAAUGAGAACUGGAAAUUUCUUUAUAUAUGGUUUAAGUAAGUGCGUCCUUCGUCAUCGUUGUCGCCUGUGUCAGUAAUACUUAUCAGUAUUGCCUGAGCUGAAACGAUCUGAAAUCGCAAUACUGUGACGGGCUUACUUUAUCUAUUCUAGGCCUUUCUUCUGAAGUGUAGUAUUAAUAUUUAUCUUUAAAGUGGUCUGUGGUGCUGCUUAACUAAUUGCUUUUUAAGCACAAAAUAUAUCCAUGUAUCAAGUAAGAGAGGUUGCUAUCACGCCCUGCUACUAGCACUGGAUUGGAAAAUAAAAAAAAACUGUUGAAUGCAACUACAACACAGAUGAUAAAAGUACAUGUGGAACGCUGCUAUUUUUUUUUCUUGUGGGGAGGGGGAGGGAGCGCAUCGGAGAAACAUUUGAAAAGGGUGUAAAGGUAGCCUUGUUUCAUCUGAUAACUUGAGAAAGUUAUUUUUAAUCAAGGAUGAGUCAAAAAUAUAUUUAAAACGUCUCAGCUCAAUAUUUAUCGUUUAAAGCUGCCUACAGUUCAAGUGGUUUUGUGGUAUAGUAGUGCACAACAUUUCAUGGCUCAUUAGCCAUUUUAAGUACCAUGUAUCAGAGGACAAAAAGACUCCGUCUUUCUUUCAAUAACUUGUAUCGAAUGACAUUCAAGACGCUCAAUUCAUUCGCGAAAAAUGGAAGUAGUCGAUAGAGUUGCACUAGCCCCUGAUCACCUUGUUGGUCGUGUUAUAUUCUCUUUUCGUUGAGAUGCACGUGUUAAUACUCGUUACAAAAGUAAAGUGUCACGUUUAUGUUGAAUCGUUAAUGGCCACCGAUCAUUUCACCUUUUGUCUUUUCAUCGUUAUAGGUAAUAGGAAAUGUCGUCUUACAAUUCUCUUCUCACUCGAUAAUCAUGGCGCAUCUUUGUUUGUCAUUUGACUUGUUAGAGAAUUGUAUCGGAACAGGGAUUAGGAAGGCCGUGCGCCAUGCGCGUAUGGCGCAUAAAGCUACGAAAUGGCCCAUUAUAAAAAUACUUGCCGGGCCUGUGAUGCGCCCUGACCGCACAAAGCUAGUGAAAUAUAAACUAUUUUGUGAAAAGGAUUUUAAUUUGUAAAAGUUUCACUUUGGUGAGACAUAAACAAGCGAAAAACUACGGUGCCUUCGCUCGUUUGAUCACGCUCGCUUCAUUCUUGUUCCCAGAUCCUGAAGUCGGACUUUGCAUGCAAACGAGGCUAUUGCUCAGAGUUCCAUGUGCUUUCGUUUUCGAGCAGAGUUCGAGCGUUUUCGUCGCUUUGAAUUUAUUUGCAUCGAUUAGCCUCAUGCCUCUGAUUUCAGGGGCGAGCCUAUUCCUCAGUUUGGUCAAGAUAAGAUUCUGGGCAGAAAAAGUUCUCUCACAAUCAGCUGUGUGGAGGGGCAACAAUCAAAAACAAAGUAAUUAAAAAACAUAACUGAUGUCAGAAACAAUUAUGUUUCAUUUGGUUAGUGUCAGGUUAGUGCAGCUUUUAUAGAAGACCACUGUCAAUUACUGAACUGCCGAAUGGUUGAUAGCAAUUUAUCAUCACCGUUUUGUUCUGGUGGUCACACGACAUUUCAAAAACCUUGAAGAUCACUUGAAGUUAAUAUAGCGGAUGGUUAUUCAUGGCAACGGUUUUUCAUGCCUAAAACCAUGUCUCUGUAUAGGUAUAGACUGUAAUACACAAGCAAUAAACCUUUGUUAAAAUUUUUACUGGCCCAUUUAUUUACCCUAAUGGCCCAAACGUUUUAUAAAUGGCCCAUAACUUUCCAAUGAUAGGGGCCAUAGGCUCAUUUGCCUGUUAAACCUUCCUAAUCCCUGUCGGAAGUAGUUAUUUUUCGUGCAUGGUCUCAGAAAACGGAGAAAAUGUCACUAAACAUUUAAACGAACACUCCGGUUUAUACUGCAGCUCUGCUAUUUUGAUCUUAUCGAGUACUUUCUAAGACCAUCAUAACUCUUUUGUUAAGGAGCCGUUUAGGAGUGGAUGUUAAGCUAGAGCGAUGCUAUUGAAAUCCUCCACAUCAAUUUGAUCUUGGGAAUAGAUAGAUAAUAGAUAAAUAGUUUUUAGAAAGUAGUACAAUGAUCUGCUCUAUCAAUUGUGUACAAAGUAGCACUUUGAACCCAAUUAACAGAUCAGAUUGUUAUAUUGUUUAUUGAAAAUAUUACCUCGAAAAACACUCCGGUUGAAACGAUCUGAAACGAUGAUGCAUGAUCUAUAUCCGUCCAUGAGAAGACUUACAAACUGAGUUGUCACAUAGGCAAAACAAAUGAUCGCUAAGUUAGAUGUAACAUAUAUUUUUUGUGAUUAAUCUAGAGCAGUUGUAGUCUGCUGGCAUGUACAUAACAAAGCAUUGCUAUGUUGCACUGUUCAAAACUAUCCCUGAUAUAUUUUACAAAUAUGUUUCUAGGAUUAUUUUUCGUCGACAAGGAGUUUUUAAGAUUAUCGACUUUUAAGCAACAAGAGUAUUAAGUUCAUGCUUUUUUGGUUGGCUCACUUGUACUGAUCAGUCCAACAUAAUAAGUCAUAACACAACAAUAUUCCCGAAACAUACACAUGUUCACGUUUUUCUGAUUUUGACUGUAAACCUAUUCGUAAAAAAUGUCAUAACGGUGGUUUUCGUCCUUGAUUUCAGGAAUCACAAGACAUGCCAGGAGUUACGAACCAUAAGUCUCCGUACCCAAGGUCUUGGUCAGUUGUUUUGCCUUAAAGCGUCUACUGAAAGGGUACGACCUUUAUUUUGUUUCAUUUUUCAUAAUAGUUUGGCUUCAGUCAGAGUGGACCCUAUAUUGUCUUACAAAUCCUCCCCGGAGUGACCGAUAUGUAACUUCUCCGUACUAUAUUUAUCCAUUAUCCAGGAAGUAAGUGGUGAGAAGACACGAUUUUUCAUUGUGGUGAAUUAUUCUCACUCAUUUAGACCAAGAUGUAUGGAACUUAAAGGGAGAAUUUCAAGUUGAAUUUUGGGAGUCAGAGGGUUACAGGUGAUUUGUCGCAGCUCGAUUCAGGAUCAUUACAUAGUUUUAACAACUGUGACUCUAAAGGCUUGUCUUCGGUUUUAGGGGCUUCUUUUUCUUAUGAUGGCUGGUCGAUCAGGAAAGGUAUUGUUAUAAAAUUGUUUUUAAUCUUUUUAGCACUCCUCUAGCCUUUGACGAAGUUGUUGUAACUUCAACUCUUGGUAAAAAGGAUAAAGAAUACGGCCAUUUUGAAACUCGAACGGCGACUGAUAAGCAGAUACUGUCUCAUCUUUUCUCACUUUGACCUCCACUGACCGAUCAGUUUUAAAACCCUUGAUUUAACAGUUAAAAUCAGAGCGAAUCUGGAGUGAUUGUCGUGUAAACGUUUAAACAAUGAUAAAUAAGUCACAACGAUUAUGUGCUGCCCUUACGAAAACGCCUCAUUAAAACUUCUUACUGUACAAACAAACGUCGGAGGCUUUUCAUUUUGGCUUUGGAGUUUAAUUGGUGUGCCGGCCUCUAUUUGUGGUCGAACUCAAAAGUAACUAUAAUCUGCUGAAUAGCAUGCACUGCUGUGAUAUACUGCUGCUUUGAUCGGAUGUGUUAGUUUGUACAUGAAAAUGUUCAAAGGAAAAGGAAUAACCCUCAGAGAGGACCUAUCGACAGUUUUUUGCAACUGGUGGACCAAAGGAUGAAUCAUGUCGUCUUGAUAAACUAACCCUGGGCUUCGGAGGUUGGGGAAGAAAAAAACUCAAACUUGAAUAAAUGAGAAAGAUGCUCUAUUAAAAAAAAAGACGGACCUAACUUAAACGUCAAUCUUGUAAAACGACGGCUUUACUGAGCAACACUUCCAGACAUAACUAGUUGGGACACUUCUCCAGAAAACUGUCUACGUUGUUCUUUGGCUCCUCUCCCCCUUCCAAUGUUUCUCUGCCAUCUUGCGGACCAAAAUUGAGAGAAGCAGGGGAGACGGGAGGUGUCCCAACAAAUGUGUCUGGGAGUGUAAGGUUGAAAUAUAUGCAUGCAGAUGGGAUUCAAAUUAGAAAGUACGGUAUUCACAUACAUUCAUCAACAACAACAACAACUUUAUUUGAACCCAAAAGUUAAUAAUAGUCAUAAAUUGUUAGAAAGAUAGGGCAGCCACACUAAGGUGAUUAAUUGACGGAUAUUGGUGUCAGGUACUACUCAUAUUUGCACACACAGAUUCAUAUCAGGCAAUGAGGCAGACUUCUCAGUUGACUUUGUUAUUUAUUUAAUGAACACUUGAUGAAAGCACUGACUGAUAUGUCACUGACAUAUGCCAAACUUGGGAGACCUACUGUUGCCUACUGUCGCUUCCAUACAGACUAGUGAUGAUCUUUUGCAAUUUUCAGGAAAUUCAAUGUGGAGAAAGAAAUUAUUCUUGUUUGUUACUUGCUUUGAAUCCAAAAACAUCCCAAAUGGUAUGCCUGGAACGCUUUUUUCCAAUAGAUGGGUAAGUAUCGUAGAGAUGAUCUUUAAACGAAUGUGGAGUCUAUGAUUGAUUUCUAUGAAAACGAAACUAAGUAAAAUUAAUAAAAGUAAUCACAACAGCCAGUCUGAACAAACAAGAAUACCCCUUGGACUAGUUAGAAAUCAAACUAAAUACAUGCAAACUGCUUAAAGCGCAGAAUAAACGCAAGUACUAAGUUGAGUUUCGCAUGAAUAUUGAUUGAGGGGGUGGUACGAGUUUUCUUAGCCUAUGAAGGAAUGAAAAAAACCAAGCGUACUUCAACCCUGGAGUAAUUUCGACACUCAAUUUAAAUUUGCUCUUAAUUCGAUUUUGCGACCCUUGACUUGACUCUGAAAUAAAGUUGGAUCCAUCCUAAUGUUGCGUUCUUUCCGCGCUAUGUGCUUAACUCUUGAUUGCCUUUUUUUUUUUUGAUGUGUUUGUCUUUUGGCUUCACGACUUGCAAUCGAAAAGGCCAAUACAGUCGAGCCUUUAUUAAGCGGCACCGUAUUAAGCGGUCGGUUGUCAAAGUCCCGAAUUUGUUUCCCCUUAAUCAUUGUGAUUUCCACCACUAUUUAGCUGUCACCUCUAUUAAGUGGUCGUGGUCGUGAUCACCCUUAACUAAGUCCCAACGGCCAGUUUUCAUAUCGUCUUUCACUUGUAUUGAACGGUCUCUUGAAGCGGAACCACUGAAACAAAGCUAAGAAAAAUAUUUCAAGUAACUUUUAAUCCAUGUUUCUCUCCCGAAAUCAAUGUGAGUUGUAUUUUGGAGUGAGUUUUUGUACAUUGAGUGAUCAAUUAUGGUAUAAAAUGCCGUUUUUAUUAUUAUUUUUUUAUAAUAGCCCUAUUCUGUGGAACCUUUAUAAAGCGGUCAACCUGCCAUUCUCCUUGGGUGACCGCGUAAUGCAGGUUCAAUAGUAAUCAGGUAAUGCAUGCAUAAUAUUUUUUUAAGAUCUAACUCGCCUAUGUCAAUUUUGAUCUAAUCAAGGUUCCACACGAUAGGCACUAACGGUCAGUAUAUCGCAGCAGGAGGUCAGGCCACAGGUGAGGUGAACCUGUGGAACAUCACCAAAAGUCGAAGGCUUGCUUCGAUGAAAGUGUUUCAAGGUAUGAAAACCGUACGAAAUUCAGUGUGGCAGCGUUCUUGUAAGUCUGAGAGGCGAAAUACUACGGGUAGCGGUGUCACAAAGGGUCCAAAUCCGUCAACGGAUCUGGACCCCCCUCCCUCACGGAUUUGGACCCCCCCGAAAAAACGUACGCUUUUAACUUUUCUACCCAUCAUGAAUUUUUCAUAUGAAGUACUGCAAUGUCUCUUUAAAUUAAGAGUUGCAGCAGCACAGUUUUCAAACAAUUAUUAAAACUUUUACUUCAGUGUAACUUAUCGUCAUGAUCAUCAUCAAUAGAGAGCUUUAGCAAACCACGACGACGACAGGAACGAGGGCGUGGCCAAACAAAAGAUCUAAUGGGCGGAGCAAUAACUCAGUGCGAGCGAUUAAAUUUUUUUUAAAUUUCUUAGUCGUUCUCUGCUAAAACAACGACGCGAAAUCUCCCAAGCAGCACCAAAAACUUUGCUAAAUUAUACAACAUUUGUUGAUCACACAAAGAAUAGUUCAAUAAGAAAAUUGUACUGGGGGGGGCGGCAUUUGAACUCAAUUUUUUGCUUGAGGGGUGGGCAGGAAUUUGAACAAACCCAACCCUCAAAAGUUUAAAUGUCUGGGGGUGGAUGUUGAAGCGUUGAAAUGAUCAACCCGUUAUGCUGAACUUGAGGUUAGGCGCUGUAAGUGACGUAACAUACAUCCAGCCAUUUGUGAAAUUAUGAAAAUAUAAAUUUACAUUUUAACAUCUUCCUCUACGUUUGCCAUCCUGACCCCUUAAUGCCCCAAAUAACAACUACAAAAUCAUCACCAUGGUUGUCAUCGGCUCCAUCAUUAGGGUCCAUCAUGAACAUUUUUACAACAAUGCUAUAAUUAUCCUGCUUAUAUUUUCUAGAUAAAGUGAGCAGUGUUGGAUUUCAUCGGGACUGGCCUGUUGUAGCCUUUGGUAGUGCCAGUGGCUGUGUUCAUUUGUUCUCUAUUGGUUGAAGACAGGUUGGCUACUCUCCUGAAAAUUCGAAAAACUGAACCGAAUUGCAAAUAUGUUUGGAAGUUAUUUUGGGUAUCAAAAUAUUGGUUCUGACACCACUUUACUUCUACUGAAUUGACAUACAUUUGAUAAAAUGUAAAACUGCCAAGUUUAUUAGAAAUGUGAAGGAGAUAGGCCAUACAUUAGUUUUGCAAAUAUGUCC